UCCCAUCCAUGUUGGCCGUUCGAUUUCUUCCUUAUUACCAUAACUGCAUUAUCUGACUUUCCGGUCCUUGUCUUAUCCCCCGUUCCCUGGAGAUAAUUGCGUAACGAUUAUUUUCAAUGUCUUUCUACGCCAUGGUCAACACCGCUGAAGGCCCUCGCCACUGGAUGGGUGCCUGUUAAGCGAUUGGCAAUCUCUACAGCCCUAGUGUUGUUAAUUGCCUAUUCCUUAGGUCAGGUAUAUAUCCGGCAUAUUGAGCUUUACGUGUACUAGGACCUAGGACCCAGGACCACAAUGUUGGGCAAACUGUUUAAUCUCACGUCGGGAACGGCUGGAGGGACGAAUUCCCAAGAAGGUGAUUCUCCAACUAAACUAUCGCCCGAAUCGAUACAGGAAGAUGUUCAUACACGGAGCCUCAUAUUUCCAGAUUCACAUGCGCUCUACCAUCGUCAGGACCAGGUGUUUCCGUUAUCAUCUACAUCUGGCGUGCAGUCCGGGUCCCCCACAAGCCCUUUCGACUAUGAUGGCGAUAUUGAUAUUGAUGUGCGUGAUGUUCGCAUCAUAAUUAUGCAGGACGCUUUAGGCUCUGCCAGUCCCACGUUAUUGUUUGAUAGUUAUCAGAUUCCAUCGCCCGGUUCACCAGUUGAUCACCCACAGCCACCGAGUGCAGCAUCAUCCUCUCAGUCACUCAUGCAGGAUCUUCGACGGGCUCCUACAUCACUCCGGAAGAGUAGCCUGGGACAAACCUCGAGGCCGCUAGUCAUCCAGCCUGGCAGUCCCCAACCUCGGCAAGGUGCAUUCGACCGACGCGGAUCCAUACAGUCCCGUACCUACAGUGCUACAGAGACUGAGUCGCAGAAAGCUGCCAGAGAAUAUCGUGAAGAGUUGGCUAGUUUCUCUGGCUGUAUAUUUGCUAAUUCUGAAGUGAUGUCUUAUAAGGGAACGUCGACUAAGGUUCACAUUAUUCCAAGUGAACCGCGACCAUCCACCGUUUCUAGUUCAUACGUUGGCGAUGGGCGAGGAUCUAUGGGGAGGUCGAGUAUGCGAUCAAGCAGAUUAGCGCAGUCUUUCACAUCGGAAUCGGCAAACACACAUUUCCAGUCAUUUUCUGCGGCUCCCCGGCAGAAUGACCGCAGCAAAAUUCUAGUAACUCGGUUGUUUCCAGUUAAUCUACCAAAUGACGAUCUUGAUUCUCCUACCCAAGCCGCGGCUUUCCAUGGUCGCUUUUCCGAGGACAGUGGGGGGUUUCCGUUUCCUUAUUCCCCAGAUGAUUCUAAAGUCAACAAGAAGAAGUUGAAACCUGUACAGAAGAGGACACCGAUGUAUGCCGUUGCCUUAGUGCUCCAGCUUCCUCCAAAUACUCCCAACGCGGUAUCAGCGACUGGGUCAAAGCCGGUAUUUCGAGGGCCGAGCUCUUACAACGAACAGGACUUUUUCCCUUCUUCUUUUGGAUCCGCGCGCAAAUCUGGGUGGACUAUGGUUGGCUCUGGUUUUGGCUCAGAAUCUUUCGAAUCGACAUAUAAUAACGAUGUCGAGGAUCGCAUGGACGCCAUCACUCAGCAUUGGGACAUAAUCAUGAGGACGCUUACUCACCUACAAUCUAUAGUCGCCACCACUCUAAUCCCAAUGCUAAAGCAGGUAGAUAUGUCAGCUCCAGAUCCGUAUCCCUCGAAUAUGUCUACCCAGCUCCCUCGAGCGUCUUCGGCAAAGAGCCGAAGAGGCUCGGAUGCAUCGCAAAUGAAGCCGUAUAAGACGAAUGCAAAGCUUGUAAUAUUACCUCCAAAUUGUCUAUCGCAAGAUUUGCGUAUUGGCCAAGAGAUUGAGGAUGCUAAGAUACGAAUUGUGUCUGGUCUUCGAGCUACGAGAGUCAUAACGGGACAGGGCCGUUGGGGACCGUGGAGAGAGGAGGCAAGAUGGGUUGCAAAAUGGGCAGGGACUAGAGAGCAGGGAUUUUUCUUUUUUAACCUUUUGACAGCAUUUCUUUCGACUCACACUGAAUGGCUCCAGGCGUUAAGCCCAGUCUGGUAUCGACGGCGACGUUACCAACAGCAGAAAGUAAAAAAUGAGGAAGAUACGUCCUUGCCGUCCCGCACGAUCAUAAUCGCCAAGGACAAAAUGGCUGCCAGGAGGUUAAUAUUUCUGCUGUCGGCCUUCCUGCCUGCCAACCAGCAGCUGCCCACAGUUCGUGCUCAGCGCCCAGCAACCUCAGCGUCGGUCGCAGCCUUUGGCCACUCGCCACCAUCGUACAUAGUGCCAAUCAACAGGGAAGAAUCUCUACGCCGGAAAAUUAACCGGCGUCAAGGUCAGAGAGGUGCCUCUCAUACCCGAAGUUUUAGUAUACAGUCACAGGCUACAACAAGAUCUGUUACGGGUAUCCCUGCCCAGCUUGCUCAUCUCAGCAUAGAGCUGUCUAACCAAGACCGCCGAUCGUCGGAUCUUAUAAAGCCAGCCAAUCUACCUAUUGUCGGGAAUGAUCUCAACACGCGAAAGAGCAGUGCUGCAACAGUUAAUACGAUCGUCCCAGACUCAGCUAUUCCACACUUCUCUACAGUACAUCGGAGUAGUACUGGUCGUGGCGGUCGACCAAAUAGUGGUACCAGCUUUGCCGCGGAUGAUCUGAAGCGGUCGCUUAAGAGGGGUGGUAGUAUCAGCCAUGGCAGCUGUGCGAGUACUGACUCUCAUCAGGGUUCGCGAUGGGGGAGCGUAAUUAGUGGCUUAUGGAGUACAAGACGACGUGAUUCUACCGCUACCACGUCGCAGGCAUCAGAUACUCCUGCCCACCCGGAUAGCCCAUUUACAUCGCCUACUCAAGCCACAGCUAGCAGAAGCGACAAGCUUUCGGUCAUGGUUCGAGAAACUCAGCUGCUCGAUUCGUCCGUUGGACGACAAGUAGAGGCUGGACAGACCCUACUCGAAGAACCAGAUACCCCACGAAAAUCAGAGAGCAAGCAGCUCGAUUCUCAAUCGAGAACUCCGGAUCCUUUAGGUGCAUACGAAUCUCCUGUGAAAACCUCGAUCAAUAAUGACGACGGAGUAAUCGACGUGGAUGUUCAGUUUCCAGACUACCUUACGUCAUUUGAGACCGCCGUCAGUUCGCCGUCUAGUAGUGGCUACCUGUCGACUCCUGGCCUAGGCAGUGGGCUUGAAGGCUUCGAACAGUUCUCUAGACUGGCUAUUGAUGGGGAUGCUCCUUUGAAUAUCGCGGGGUGGUUAAAACAUUUCCAUCCAGACUUCACGCUUCAGGCAAUCCCGCCACAAAAGGAUCUCCUCGACCAGAUACGAGAAUCUCUAAGUGCGGAACCGACUCCCAUGACGCAUCUUAAUUCAAUACCAGCAGAGUGGCCUACGGAACACUGGGUUGACGUAAGCACCGCCAUCAUUGCCGAUGCGACUAAUUUUACUAUUAAGCGACUCCGCUAUCGCCGUUUAGUGAAGCCUAAAACCUCGCUUGACCGUAGUACAGCCAGUUAUCUGUCGCCGCAUAGUUUGAUAACGCCAGCGCUCUCGCCUUACGAACAGCCCAUCAAGGAUAAAAUCGAAGAAGAGGAGCUUUUUACUUUUGAUGAAGCGCUUAUCGAUGCUGUAGAGAGAGUAAUAGCGCACAGUAACGACGCGAGUAAGGGAAGUUCAACCACAUCUUCACGAUCCGCGAGCAAACGAAGAGAGAGAAGAGGUAGUGAAGCUUCUCGAUCGACAGAACAAGAGGCAUCAACGUGUCCAAUUGACUUUCAGGAAGUACCACGUGCGGAAUGCAAAACGGUUGUCUUGUCUGCGCUCUCCGGGAUCGUACAGGACGUCGUAGAUCAGCGGGAAAGAGAGAACCAGAAAACUGACCCGGCUGUUCCAUAUGAAAUAAUUCGCGAAAAGGAGAGCAUAUUGCGAGCUUCGAUUAGGACAUGGCUCGACAAUGUAGAACUCACUGAUGGAUAAAUUUCUAAGUCAACGGCUUUGCUUGGAGGAUAAUACCCACACCAUUUAAUGAUAAUGACUGAUGACGAACUUUUUUUUUUUUUUUUU